AUGAAGGCGAAUAAAGAGAAUUCAAGCCCUUCAGUCCCAUCAGCAAACAUGGACCACACAAGACCAUGUUGGUACUGGGAAAAGAAGGACUUGGUUCAUACACCCUCACAACUUGAAGGACUUGAUCCAGCCACUGAGGCCCAGUACCGCCAAAACGGGGCUUGCUUCAUCUUUGAUGUGGGCACACAUUUGGGCUUACCCUACGACACCCUAGCAACAGGGAUCACGUAUUUUCAUCGAUUCUACAUGUUUCACUCCUUCAAGCAGUUCCCACGCCAUGUAACAGGAGCUGCUUGUCUCUUUCUGGCUGGGAAAGUAGAGGAGACGCCAAAAAAAUGUAACAAUAUCAUCAAAGCAGCUCAUAGUUUAUUAAAUGAUGUCCAACGUGGUGAGUUUGGAGAUGAACCGGUGAAAAAGGUCUUGGUGCUGGAGAAGAUCUUACUACAGACCAUACAGUUUGAUUUAGAAGUGAAGCAUCCAUACCAGUACCUACUCAGAUAUGCAAAGCAGCUCAAAGGUAGUAAAAAAAAAAUUCAGAAGUUGGUUCAAAUGGCAUGGACCUUUGUAAAUGACAGUCUCUGUACCACCCUGCUACUGCAGUGGGAACCAGAGAUCAUAGCUGUAGCGGUCAUGUAUCUUGCGGAACAUUUGCACAAAUUCGAAAUUCAAGAGUGGACCUCCAAACCCACGUACAAAAGAUGGUGGGAACAGUUUGUUCAAGAUCUCUCUGUUGACAUUAUGGAAGACAUUAGCCACCAAAUCCUGGAUCUUUACACACAAAGGAAACAACAGAGUCCUUAUCAUGCCCUUCCUCAGCUGCAGAAGCCCCCAUCUCUUCAGCCUCCACCACAAGUCCCACAGUCACACCCAUCUCAAGGCCCUGAGGCAGCACAGCCCCAGCAGAAGGACCAGCAUCCGCACCAGGAGCCAGCACAACAGCCCAAGGAACCACCCCCACAGCCUAGUCCUCCAAGACAGAUUGAGCAUACCAUGGUAGAUUAUCCCGAGGAAGAGAACGAAGCCACAGUACCACCACCUAAAAUUCCCAGACUUGAGACCACUCCUCUACCAUUGCCUCCAGACUGGAAGUCUCCCAUCGCUCCUGCCUUAGGUGAGGCUGGUACAGGUGGCCCAGGGGAAGCAAGUGACCUCCCCAAAGUCCAGCUUCCUCCUCCAGCCCACCAGGCCACUGUGCACCACCCACCAUCAUUGGGGCCUCUACCCCCACUGCCUUACAGCUAUGAGACUUGGAUGUCUAGCACCAGCUCCUUCAUGUCUGGAGAGGACUACCAGAACCUGCAAUCCAUGAUGAAAAAUGAGGGUCCUCCCUACGGUGCUCCGUGCCCAGCCUAUGGCCCACCUGCUCAACUUCCCUACCAGCCAAAUGUCUACUCCCCCAACCGACCUCCACCUCCUAUUCUUCCACCCCCAGCUUCCUUCCUGCCACCCACCAUGCCUCCCUGUAUCCCACACUAUCCUCUCCUUCUCCCUCCCAACAACCCCAAUUUCCCACCGCCACCUCCAUGCCAGUCAACCAUUGAUGUAGCCCAUCCUCACUGUCUUCGAGGUUUGGUUUUGCGACCAGCCAGCUACCUACCUGCAGCUAUUCCCCCUGAGAAGCAGCGCAUUGUUGCCACACUUAUCUCCCCACCUGGCAGGGGGAGAGGAUGGCCAAGCUGGAUGAGAUAA